AUUCAAUCCGUCCUAAUUAUUCCAAACACUGAUCACAGACACCAAAAUGGCGGUCGCUUUUCUAUCGGAAUGGAUCCCGCAAAAUCCCGAUUCCAUUGCUGCGGUGUACUCACAAAGUUGGCCUAUACCAGACCCCAAAUUAACAGCCAAGAAGAACGCAUUUCAGAGUGGUCGUAGCUUAAACAGGGAUUGGUACCGUUCUGACGGGAGGUUAACUGCGGAUGUUACAGCUUCAAGAAAUUAUUCUAAGGGAAACCGUUCGAAAAGCGCUACUUCUACCCGAAGUUCUGCAAGCAACUUGUUCUUAGACCAGAGUGACGAUGAAAUAGACGAUACUGUGAAAGAAUUCAAACUUACUUUGCAAUUGUUCAAGCGCCUGACACAACAAGUCCGUGAUGUGAAUCAGUACAUGAACACACACAGAGUCUACAGUUUUAAGCACUACAUGAACAAUGAUGGUGUAUCAAGCCCGGCACUAAGGAGAAGCCAACUAGCUGCAGCACUCAGCAGACGAGAGAUUCCUGCCACUCAAGGACCAAACGAGCCAAUCACAGACCUCGGGCCAUCAACGCUGCCAGCAAGGAUUCGGCAAGAGAGGUCUUUACAAUGCGACGCGCACAGGCGUGGCCACCUUGACAGUUUUGUGAAGGAACGAAGAAGCCCCUCCCCAACCCAUCGAUCACCCUUACUGGCCCCGCCCUCAAGACCAGCAUCAUGCCUAUCACGCUUUCAAUCUGCCAAGUCUACUACUAAGUCCAGCACAGACAUGGAUAAAAAGAAAGAAAAGAAACUGCAGAAGGCGGACGAGAAGGCAAAAAUGACAUGGAUAGAAUCAGAUGAGCAGUUUGAUGAACUUUUUGUUCCUGAAACUAAAGAAGCGGGUGAUUUGGAGUUCCGAUUUCAUGACCCCUACCCUCAGACCUGGGUGGAUGAAGAAGUCGAGGACGCUUGUUUUCGGGGCUCAAAAAAGGUCGACCCUUUCAUGCAUCGACUAGCAGAGCUUGAAAACGUCAAGGAAGAAACAAUCCUUUGGGAGAGAUUGAAAGAAGAAAAAGCCAGGCAAAGUGUUAUUGCCACGCAGUCUAGGAAUAGAGUUACCAGUGGGAAGAAUACCAGGCAACCUGGAAAUGGGACUCGCGUGGUAAGCGCAAGGACGGGGUCCAUCGCGAGGCCAAAGACUCCAAGCUCCAAACUAAGGGGAUCAUCUGCUAGGAUUAAUAGUGUGGCGUCUAACACUUCAAAGGGGUCAGGAGUAUCUGGCGAUGAAUCGGACAUUUUGACAUUUCGUAAGAGCGGCUACGAUAUGGACGUAUCGUUUACUUUGGGAUCCAUGUUUCCUGAUACACGCCCUAAGGAGAAGAAAUUUGAAGAAGAAAAAAUGAGUACUAAAAAAAAUCAAAGAGUUUCAUCAGCACCUGCACACACUAUGAGUAACUCACCCUCUGAAAAUAACGCCAAACCUUUGCCUCGACCGGCUUAUUGCGAAGCGUGUAAACAAAAGAAAGGUAUUGGGUAUAAACACUCCUGCGGGAGAGCGAUUCCCACGCUACGGGCAAUGCGGGCACAGUACGACCUGAAGGCUUCCGAGUGCUAUGACAUUGUAGAGAUCGCACGGACUUUGGAACACCCGUGUAAGGAACAAAUGAUCAAAGCGAAAUCUAAAUCGAAUGCUUCGUACGAAGACAAGGUGAUCGAUAAGGGGAUUGUCCCGAGUAAGAGCAACUCAUCCCAAAGGCGGAUUUCUUUAACUUCUGAAGGGAUGGCGGUUCGUGGAAUAAACCCAACGUUGAGAUUAAUAAGACCAUCCACCGGGCGGUGUAAGUCUGGAAGAAAGUCCGCGAAAAGGCGGCGAUGAUUCUCAAUAGAGUGGAUAUUUCGAUUCCUAGAAUUAAACAUCUAUCAAAAAUAAAGGAAUUGGGCUUCCGCCAGUCCAAGCUUUUCUCUCCGAAUUGCUGGUUUCGAUUGACAAACAAUUGUUUUCCCUUGAUGGAUUUCAAAGUAAACUCGUAAUUGGAGUAA